AUGAGAAAUACUAUUCUGUUUUUUGGGGCCAAAUACAUACAUAGGGCUGUGGUAGCGCAGGAACUUAUCUCGGAGGAGGAAGAUCAUCCGAAAGGAGACAGCAUAGAGCGAGGAAGCAAUAGUUUCAAAGGAGAUGCUCUUUUGAACAUCGAUGCUAAAGUACUGCUUGCUAGCGUUGACGUUGUCUCUCUCGGUGCUGAAGUACUGAUUGCUGGCAUUGAUGUUGGCUCUGUCGAUAAAGAAGUACUGCUUUCUAGCGUUGACGUUGUCGCAUUUGAUGUUGAAGUACUACAUGCUAGCGUUGAAGUUGGCUCAGUUGCAGUAUUGCUUGCUAACGUUGUUGUUGGCUUUGUCGAUGCACAAGUACUGCUUGCUAGCGCUGAAGUAGCCCAGCCGAUGUUUAAGUAG